AUGGCUAGCAUCAAGCUCAACAGCGGCUAUGAUAUGCCCCAGGUGGGCUUCGGCCUCUGGAAGGUCCCCAACGACGUUUGCGCCGAGGUCGUUUACAAUGCCAUCAAGACUGGCUACCGCCUGUUCGACGGUGCUUGCGACUACGGCAACGAGGUCGAGUGCGGCCAGGGUGUCGCCCGCGCCAUCAAGGAGGGCAUCGUGAAGCGCGAGGAGCUCUUCAUCGUUUCCAAGCUGUGGAACACCUUCCACGACGGCGACCGCGUCGAGCCCAUCGUCAAGAAGCAGCUGGCUGACUGGGGCCUUGACUACUUCGACCUGUACCUCAUCCACUUCCCCGUCGCCCUCGAGUAUGUCGACCCUUCGGUCCGCUACCCCCCUGGCUGGCACUAUGACGGCAAGUCCGAGAUCAGGCCCAGCAAGGCCACCAUCCAGGAGACCUGGACCGCCAUGGAGUCGCUUGUCGAGAAGGGCCUCGCCAAGAGCAUCGGUAUCUCCAACUUCCAGGCCCAGCUGAUCUACGACCUCCUCCGGUACGCCAAGAUUCGCCCGGCCACUCUCCAGAUCGAGCACCACCCCUACCUCGUCCAGCAGGAGCUGCUCAACCUCGCCAAGCGUGAGGGCAUUGCCGUCACCGCCUACAGCUCCUUCGGUCCCGCCAGCUUCGAGGAGUUCAAGAUGAAACAUGCCGCCAACCUCACCUCUCUCAUCGAGGACAAGACCAUCAAGGCUAUCGCUGCCAAGUACAACAAGACGCCCGGGCAGGUCCUGCUCCGCUGGGCUUCCCAGCGUGGCCUGGCGAUCAUCCCCAAGAGCAACUCGCCUGCGCGGAUGAAGGAAAACUUCGAGAGCAGCAACUUCGACCUCUCCGAGGAGGACAUCAAUACCAUCAGCUCCUUCGACCGCGGCCUCCGCUUCAACCAGCCUUCCAACUACUUCCCCACCGAGUUGCUCUGGAUCUUUGGCUAA